AUGUUCCAUCCCGCGCCUUUCUUCACUAGCACUAGCGAAUCUGUUCCCCCAGCUUCACUGACGAAGAAAAAGGCGACUGGAGGUGUCCCUGCCAAGGAAUCGAAACUGGUCCAAGAUAGGCACCAGACUUCUGCUCAUGAAACUGAUCCUAGUCUGCCUCAAACUCCUCAGCGGCUCACUGCAGCUGUCUAUCCCAUUACCCCUAUUACUCCAUUGCGUGACCCUUCUAGCCCAGGUCAGAGCCUCAAAGGGCUUGCUUACGAGGCUCCUGUGACUCCCGACUCGUCAUUUGAAUCCGAAACUCUCGAUUCAGACUAUUCUGAUCUGAAUACUUUGAACACGGAUUCGGCCUCGCUGAUUUCCGAGCUGUAUGAGAUUCUUGACAACCGCAAGUCCUACGGCUCUCCUUCUUCGCAUCUGACGCCGGUGCCCUCACCUCGUCAUUCCAAACCGCAUAAUACGCGUGGCUUCACCAGUGAAGGCUCAGACUGUUUCUCCUCCAGACGUCUGCACGAUAAUCUUGCUUCACCUUCCGCUAUUAACCCCGCGCGCUCCUAUGAGCAGUUGUUGGAAGAUCAUCUGCUGGAAAUAAAUCGACAAAGCAAGCCUCACGUCGGGCAAGACAUUUCUGACAGUUCAAUCCCGAAGCCGGCAGGUUUGGUCAGGAAGAGAGGCCUUUCUGAUCUCCAUUCUCCUCCAGCCCACCACUUGAAAACCUCCGCUUCUCAGUCAGCUUUGGAAACCCAACCGGGCCCCCAGAAACCCGUUCCUCAUAAACUGAAAAGCCGUCUCGCGAGGAUCUUCAGGGAGAACCCUCCGACAGAAACUUAA